GCCCCGAGACGAUUUGUGAUGUAUCAUGACCAAUGGCAUCCGAGUCGCCCCGGCACCGCCGCAGACCGCGCUGGCAUCACGCACGUCGUGCUUAGUUUUGCCCACGCGAACUCGCCGGAGACCUACAAUCCCUUCGUAUCCGUCGAUACAAUCCGCUCCGAGUACGGUCAGGACGUUAAGGCUAUGAUCGCCAUCGGCAGAUGGGGUGAAGAAGCGCCUGGCUUCGCGGCUAGAGUGAAAGAUCAGGCUAUUAUGGACGCUUUCGCGAAGGCUGAGUACUUGAUGUUGCAGAAAACUGGCGCCGAUGGGGUCGAUAUCGACUGGGAGUAUCCUGGCGGCAAUGGGCAAAACUACAAGACCAACGCAGGAAACCCGGCGAACGAGAUCGCAAAUUUUGCGCUCUUCCUCGCUGCUAUCCGUAAGGCCAUUGGGACGAAGAUACUGUCCAUUGCGGUGCCCGGAAUGUCGACUGAUAUGAUGGCCUACAUCGAUGUGACGAGUCCGACUAUCUGGCCACAUAUGGAUUUCGUCAAUGUCAUGACCUACGACCUCUCCAACCGCCGCAACACCGCGACCAGCCACCACACCUCCAUUAAAGACUCCCUCGAUUCCGUCAAACGCUACAUCGACAUUAAACUUGACGCUACCAAGAUAAACCUCGGUUUUGCCUAUUACGCCAAGUGGUUCACCACCAAGGGCGACUGUCCCACUCCUCUCGGCUGCCCGCUCGCACAACCUGAAGAUCCCAUCACCGGCGCCGACACCAAGCUUUCUGGUGCAGUGACAUUCGAAAAAGCCAACAUGGCACCACUUCCUGCCGCCGGCAGCAUUACGGUCUCGAGUGACGGUAUGUGCGGCGCGAACGGCCACUCGUGUCCUGUGGGAUCUUGCUGCUCUGAGGCUGGGUACUGCGGGACCAGUGAUGAGUAUUGCAAAGGGGGUUGCCAGCACGCGUUUUCAAAUAGUGGGUGUAAAGACGUGGAUGUGCUAGGGUCGUGGGCGAUUGCGAGGGUCAAAGGAGUCAACGAUACGACAGUGAGAGGCCAAUACUAUUAUGAUGCUUCAGAGCAUCUAUUCUGGACGUGGGACACUGUGAAGUUGGUGGAGCAGUUUAAGAGCAUCGUGAAGCCUUUGAAGCUGGGUGGGGUCAUGGCGUGGAGUUUGGGUGAAGAUAGUUAUGAUUGGGGCCAUGUCAAGACGAUGGCGGCGAAGAAUAAGUGAGCAGUAGUGGGAUUUCAUCCUUGAAUCUGUGCUCGG